AUGCGCGAGUCUCUGCUCCACCGCGUCUACGGUGCGAUCCUCCUCCUCAAUACCCUCGGUCCGGUAAGGGGCGACCGUCAAAAGGCAGAGAUAGUCUCCGAUGAACCAGGGCUUCAUGAUACAAAACUUCGUCAACAUUUCCGCAAUGCCCUUGCAUACGUUUGUGCCUUUGACACAGGUUCAGAUCAAGUCACCGCCAUCGCCCUCGAUGCUCAGCCGAGCAUCACUAAUGUACUUAUUGCGGCAAAUAGAGGCGUUCCCAACGAGGUAGUCGAGUUCCUGAGAGAUAUUUUGUCUAUCCUACGUUGCGUUGCGCUGGAUUCUCCUAUUCAGGACACCUCCCAUGUCCAGGAUGUUAUCCUUCGAAAAGUUGUCACCCUUGGCCAGCCUCGAAUCCGCUAUUAUCAUAAACUGGCCGUCGAAAUGUAUGAAUCAUGCCUUGAAAUCAUGCAAGGACGACAGCCUACAUCCUUGGCUGGCCCAAGGCCCACCACCGAGCUGUAUCGGGUGCAGGCGUUUUUAGAUCGGUACUUCAGCCCUAACAGGCCCUUAAAGGAUGAGGAUGACUGUCUUGAUUUAGUGAAGCAAUGCCACGGCGUUCGAGGUUCUGGCAUGAUUGAAUUUUUGAACUCUUUUGCCGCUAACGGCCAACUCCGUCACUCAAAGUUUCAACGUCUUCAGGAGCUGCUGAAAAAGCUUGGAAAGCAUGUAACCUGUUCUAGAAGACUCGUCAACGCUGCAAACAACCUACCUAGAGAAUUUACACUCGGUUUCGAAGUCAAACCCAUCGGCCCAUCCCCGCUGGUUCCUAUCUGUCUCCCGCCAAAAAAGUCAUCUGUAGAGGGCAUCAUUGACCGUAUGAUAUGGGACAAACAAGAGCAAGAAACGAUUAAAGAACAACUCAAACAACGCCGUCUCCGGGGUCUAGAUGAAAUCGCGCAGGAGAUAAACGCGCUCAGAUCAGCCAAAACACAGACCCAUGCCGAACUUCUCCUGAUAGAUUACAUUGAGCAACACGAGGGAAUUCGCGUGACUAACGACAAGUACAUUGGGUGCAGCAAGCCGGCGUGUUACCUCUGUCAUUUAUACAUCCGCCACCAUCCGGGGAAUUAUUCGCUGCCGGACACGUCUAAUAAGCUCUACGUCAAAUGGAGAAUACCGGAUAUCGAUCCUGGCGACAAGGAUGUUAAGACUGAAUUGACUGAGCAGGCGGAGAAGAUACUAGAUCUGAUCAUUCAGGAUAUUAAGAGGGAUUUCAGGAAUGAUUUGAAAAGGUCUAGGCCUAGAAAUAUGCAUGCAGACUCGUCAGCGGAUAUGACGACCACCGUUGGCGGUCCUGAUGUCGGUGCUGGCGUUUCCGCCGGGUUGCAGCCGGGAAUUUCCAGAUAUUUAGAAUCGUUGACGUUGAAUGAUUCUCCAUCGACUCAAGAGUCCACCCCUACGCCCAGCACCCCCAACUACAACUACAGCCAGAAUCCAUUUACGCAGCAUCACCAACCAUACCUCCCUCUAUAUGGAUAUCCACCGGCCCGAUUUGAAUAUCCCAAUCCAUAUUUUCCCCAACCCUUUUACCCACCUCCUCUCCUCAUGACCUUCGCCAGACCAAUUCCCGAAAUCCCCCCUAGUUCUGCCGCUUUAUCUCAUGCCCCAAUUCCCACUCCGUCAUUUCCCUAUAACAGGGGAAGAGACAACGGCUUCAACAAUAAUAGAACCAGCGGCAGUAUCGGUGAGAGGACCAUAUCGCUGCCUACCAGCAACAUCACCAGAUUCAGUAACGACCAAGAACAACAAGUCCCGAGCUCUCAAGGGGCAGGAGAAAGACCGAAGUGGCGGGGCCCGCCAAGUCGACGCUGGGUUUCCGCACGUCAUUGA